AUGAAUCAUUACGUUGAAUAUUAUCAAGUACAGGCUGGUGGGGGUUACACUGAAAAAUAUAAUCGGUUCGGUCGUGUAUACGUAGGUGCACCUUACCAGCGUGGUCACGGUAUUGGUGCUUUUUUGGGUGGUUUAUUUCAGCGUGUAUUACCAUUUUUGGGUAAAGCUGCUCGUGCUAUCGGUAAAGAAGCACUCAAUGCGGGGUUAAAUGUUGUUAGUGAUGUUUCAACACGCGGUAUACCACUGAGAGACGCUCUAGAACAUCGUUUGACGGAUGCUGGUUUCAAUUUAAAACGUAAGGCCCAAGAAAAAAUCGAUAAAAUAAUGACAGGCGAGUGUGCCAAGUCAGAAUUGGACUUAUUUACUAUACCACUAACACAAAAGAGCGUCGAAUAUUCACAAUGGACGCACUACAAUCCAGUUUCUUUAAUAACAGAUGACUCGCCCAUUGAAUUUGUUAUACCUGGGCAUGGUGACGAAUACAUCGAUUCACCUCAUACAAUGUUAAAAAUACGGGUACAAAUAAUUGCUGCUGACGGAACUCACGCUGCGGCCGAUAAAGUCGAUCCUGUAAAUAAUUUAUUACACUCAAUGUUCAAUCAAAUUGAUGUGUUUUUCAAUCAAAACUUGAUUUCACCGCCUAUCAAUGCUUAUGCUUACCGAGCAUACAUUGAAACAUUAUUAAAUUACAGUAGUGAUGCGAAGAAUUCACAUUUAGGUUUAACUUUGUGGUCUAAUGAUACCAGCGGGGCGUUUGAUAAUCCUGUAGGAGGUAUUGGUGAAAAUGACAACAAUGUUAGUAACAAAGGGCAAGAAGAACGUGCGGGGAUUACUAAAAACCGUGCGAAAUUUGAUUUACUUGGACAUCUACAUUGUGAUAUUUUUAAUCAAGAUACGUUUUUUUUAAACGGUGUAGAAAUGCGCUUACGUUUAAUACAUACGAAAUAUUCAUUUCGUUUUAUGGACAGUACAAAUAAAAAUUACAAAAUACAUUUACUUGAGUCAUCACUUAUUGUAAGAAAAGCUAAACUAGCGCCAGGUAUACUUUUGGGUCACGCCAAGGCUUUGUCACAAACAACGGCAAAGUACCCCCCGACGCGUGUUGAAAUAAAAUCAUAUGUGUUACACGCAGGUAUUUUAAGUCAAACAAUAGAUAAUGCUAUAUUAGGACAGCUACCUAAACGAGUGAUUAUUGGUUUUGUUGAUAAUCGUGCAUACAACGGUGACAGAACAUUAAACCCUUUUAAUUUUGAUAAUCAUGGUAUCAACUUUUUUUGUCUUUAUGUUGGCGGUAAGCAAGUACCAGGUAAAGCAUUACAACCACAAUUUUCUGAGAAUGAUUAUUUAGAAGCUGAAGCAUACAACACCCUUUUUACCGGUACGGGUAUACAUUUUCCUGACUAUGGUAACAACAUUACACGAAAAAAUUACUCCAAAGGAUAUUGUUUGUUCGCAUUCGACUUGACGCCUGAUCUAUCUGCUCAUUUUGCUACCCACUGA